AUGAGAGUGCAAUUCUCGACUAGAGAUGUACUCAUAAGAAAUGUUGGUGAUUAUGAUGUAAAAAUAAUAGUUGGUGAAGAAGGUUCUUCUAAAGAAUUUUUAGGGCAUACGGUCAUUUUACGUACACGUUGCGAGUAUUUCAAAAUAGCAUUAUCAAGUACUUGGGCUACUUCGGAAGAUGGUGUAAAGGUGUUUGUGAAACCUAAUAUUCACCCACUGGUUUUUGAGGCUAUUCUCGGAUAUAUAUAUUCUGGUGAACUCGAUUUCACUGAGCAAGAUUGUGUUCCAGACAUUUAUGACCUCCUGAUAGCUUGUGACGAGUUAAUGCUACAUGAACUCGCAGAUAAUAUACAAGGUUCAUUUUUUCAAUUCAUAAUUCGAUUCUAG